UUGUCCUCCUCUUUCGCACGUUUUUCUCCUACCAGAAACUGCCCCCCACUCUCUUUUCCCCUCUCUCUCUCUCAGUCUCGACCCUACGUCCACACGAGCACCCUGCCCUAAUCACUGCCCCAACACCGCAAAGCCACGGAGAGAGAGAGAGAGAGAGAGAUCCCACAAGCUUAAAGCCCAUAGUAUUGUUGGUGUAUCUGAGCCAAAAACUCUCUUUCUGCCAUUGCUGUAAGCUACUUUUUUUAUUAUUGUUAUUAUGGGGAAGAGGAAGCGAGUGACUGAUCAGAGCCAGACCCAACCUCCCAUUUCCUGUUCUCCUCCUUCGGAUACCAUGCCUUGUUCCUUACGGAUGGACUUAAUGUCAGAAGAGAAACCUUUGCAUUCAGUUAACUCUAGUGAACUAAAGCCUUUUACAUCUGUCUUGGAUAUCAAGGAUAGUUCUCUACUAAAUGCCCAUCCUACCACUGCACAUCAUACUCAGAGUCUUGGCCAUUCAAUAUUUUUGAAACGUUCUCGCCAUUACUACGGCCAUCAAUAUUCUCGGCGUAACUCAGGUAAUCAUGCCAAUGCAUCAACUUCCCGUGGUAAAGCCGCUUCUUUACGUGAUGAGAGACUAUCCUUCAAGUUGGCUACUCAAUUUAACUCACAGACUGCAACUGGACAUCAUUCAGAGAAUAGGGAAAAGGUAUUUGGCAGGCCAGAAAGAAUUAGGUCCAGUUCCUUGGUAAUGAAUGCAGUAUCAUCAGAUGCAGUGAAGAUGGUAUGUGGGGUAUGUCAGAAGCCACUGAGAAGGAAACCUUAUUUUCUUGGGAGUACACUUUCUUCUGGUGAACUCUCUGUGGUGGCAGUUUUAGUUUGUGGUCAUGUUUAUCACGCAGAAUGCUUGGAGCAGAGAACAUGCGUCGAUGAUAAAUGUGACCCACCCUGCUCGUUGUGUCUGGGCUUGCUCUCCAAGGAAGAUGAGUCGAGGGGAGAGGAGUAAUCGUCGAAUAUAUUCAGAUUUACACUAAUGAUACUGAUAUUCUACAAGAGACAGGACAAGACAAACUUAGAUGAGUAGAUGGAAAUAUAGGCAGUGUUGUUUAAACAGCAGGCUGUUUGCCAGGUGAGGAAUUUGGCCUUAUAUUCUAUUCAAACUAUUAGAAUUUACUAGUCUUUGUAUUUCAGUAUGUAGGACUAGUUUGCAAGAUCAGAGUGACCAGCUUAUGUUUUUUCCGCUGGUGAGUGACCGGUUUAUGUAUUUUCUUCAAGUGAUGGAUGGAUGCCGGUUCAUGUGAUUUCUUUGGCACCAUAAUUUAUGUAAUUUGCAAUUUUUUUUA